AUAUUUUAAAAAGAGGUUGACUCUGAUGUAACGGUCUGUUUAUCUUUCUCUUUUCCUAUUUAUCUUUCUCUUUUCCUUGCUGUUUGUUGUUACUUUUGAAGUCUGUAACAUGUCUAAUAUUGUAAUUAAGUACAGUUCAAAUCAAUCUCAGAGUUGGCCCUUAACGACAAUGGGCUAAAUCCAGAACAUGUUACUGAUACCUAGAUGCCACUGAAUUUGAUGAGAUUAAAUUUAGGUCCCACUGAUUUCCAUGGGAAAUAUGUUUGUCUGAAUCCAACCCAUUAUUUUUUUCAUUACUCAGUACAGACAAAGGGAUUACCCAGUAGCUUUAUCUAAUGCUGGACUGGGGGAAGGUAUGGUCCUCCAGGAGCUGGACUGCAAUUCCUAUGAUCCAUGUUGCCCAGUGCUGAGAGAGGCUGCAGCCUGACAACAUCUGUAUGAUCUACUGUUUUCAUCUAGAUUAAGUUUAAAAGAGCCAAACGUGGUUCCUGUGCAGGAGCACUUCACAGAUAACAAUUGAGUGCAUGUACCUGGAAAAAAACUGAGCUGCUCUCAUAACACAUUUCUAUUUCUUGUGAAAUCGGUGUGAGGGGAAAAAAGAUGUUUCACGGGAUUCGGAAUAGGAAUCUGAAACUACUGACUGAAAUCAUGAUUUGUGAUGCACAUUUCAAGUUGUUUUUUUCAAGAAGUUUUGCACUUGCCUGGAAGCCAUGGAUGUCAAUGCAUAAUCUUCUUGGAAACAAGAAUAUUGUCCUUAUGGGACCGCCUGGUUCUGGGAAAACUACAGUAGGAAAGAUAAUAGGGCAGAAAUUGGAUGCUUCUUUCAUAGAUGUGGAUGAUGACAUUCUUGAAACAACCUGGAAUAUGAGUGUGGCAGAAAAACUGAAGGAAGUUGGUAGUGAGCAAUUUUUAGAAGAGGAAGGAAAAGCUCUGUUAAAUCUUUCAGUGUCUGGAAGUGUAGUUUCUCUUUCUGGGUCUAACCCAAUGAAUGCUGCUGGUAUGGAGCAUGUGAAGAAAAAUGGGAUUGUAGUGUAUUUGGACGUACCCUCACCACACAUAAAGGAUCGGCUGCAGUUAAUGAAAGUGGAUCGUAUUGUAGGACAGGGUCCGGGAACUUCAAUCAAAGACAUACUUGAGUUUAGGAAGCAGUUUUACAGGAAGUGGCACGAUGUACGUGUUCUCUGUGAAGAUGGAAUUACAGCAGAGGCUGUAGCUGACAAAGUGCUUCAUGCAGUUAAGUGGUACCAAGAUUCAGAAUCAGAAGGCUUCAUUUCAACCAGGAGUCUACGAGACAGUAAAAAAUCUGAGCAAAAUAAUUCUACUAAAUAUUUCAGUGAUGCUGUGGUUGAGGGCCUGGCACCUGAUGGUGGACUCUUUGUUCCUGAGAUGGGACUUCCAAAAUUCACUUCUGGAGAAUGGCAAAAUUUAUUAGGGGCAACCUAUACUGAAAGAGCUCAGAUAAUAUUGGAAAGGUGCAUACACCCAGUUGAUGUUCCUGCUUCCCAGUUGUGGGAAAUGGUUGAGACUGCAUAUGGACAAAAUUUUACAUGUACUAAAAUUGCUCCUGUUAGGCAUCUGACAGGCAAUCAGUUCCUUCUGGAGCUGUUUCAUGGACCAACAGCUUCAUUUAAGGAUUUGGCAUUACAGUUGAUGCCUCAUCUUUUUGCAUACUGCAUCCCCAAAAGCUGCAAUUAUUUGAUCCUAGUAGCUACUUCAGGUGACACAGGAAGUGCAGUCUUAGAUGGUUUUAGUCGGCUUAAGGAGACGGAUAAGCAACGGAUUGCUGUGAUCACUUUCUUUCCCCAAGAUGGAGUUAGCCAGAUACAGAAAUUGCAGAUGAUCAGCUGCCAGGAAGCCAAUACAAAAGCAGUAGGUGUCAAAUCUGAUUUUGAUUUCUGCCAGUCAGCCAUUAAGCAAAUAUUUACCAAUUCAGAUUAUACCGGCUACCUCACAAUGGAAUAUGGGACAACCUUAAGUGCAGCAAACUCUAUAAACUGGGCACGCUUGCUUCCCCAAGUGGUUUAUCAUGCUUCUGCCUACCUGAACCUUGUUGAGCAAGGUACCAUUUCUUUUGGGAACCCUGUGGAUGUCUGUAUUCCCACGGGAAACUUUGGCAAUAUAUUAGCAGCAAUGUAUGCAAAAAUGAUGGGAAUUCCCAUACGGAAAUGUAUCUGUGCCUCCAAUCAAAACAAUGUUUUGACUGAGUUUAUAAGGACAGGCUUGUACAGCUUAAAGGGGAGAGAAUUAAUGCAAAGUUUCUCCCCAGCAGUGGACAUUUUGAAGUCUUCCAACCUUGAACGGCAUUUGCACUGGAUUGCUAAUGGAGAUGGACAGCUGGUGACACAAUUGUUUAGCUGUCUGGAAAAUCAGCACUACUUCCAGUUGCAGGGAGAGCUCCUUAGAAAGCUUCAGCAGGACUUGGUGGCUGACUGGUGCUCUGAAGAGGACUGCCUGGCUGCCAUUCACUCUGUGUUCAGUACUACAGGAUACAUUAUGGACACACAUACAGCCAUUGCAAAAGUAGUUGCAGAUCGACUGCAAGAUAAAACUUGUCCUGUGAUCAUUAGUUCAACUGCUCAUUAUUCCAAGUUUGCACCUGCUGUUCUACAGGCCUUGAGGAUUGGUGAAAUAAAACAGACGCCAUUAAGCCAGCUUCACUUAUUAAACUCGUAUAACCCUUUGCCUCCAGUCCAUAGGGGCCUGUUAGAGACACUGAAAAAGAAUGAGAAACAGAACUAUGAGAUCUGUGCUGCAGACAUGAAUGCCUUUAUGAAACACAUUGAAGCCUUAAUACAAAACCACUUCAUGAGGGUUUUCUAACAGAAAGCAUACUUGGCAUUUAUCAUUUGUUCUGUUUUGAAUUUCACCCUCACUAAAAGGGGGUGAUAAUAAAUGUUAGUCAGUGUUGUUAAAUUUAAUGAAUUACAUUGCCCGAUAUUUACAUGAACAUUGAGUGUGACAAAGGAAACUGAAUAUUAUUGAACAAUAAUGUCAUAUUUAGAAAUGCAAGAUAGCUGGUGUUUGUCCAAAAAAAGAUAGUAAGAUCAAAAUGUCUGCUUCUGGUUCUCAGAGAAGUUACAUUUUGGAACUCGAGGGCUGUUAUCAUUUUGGACUUCAAGCCAGGGUUAUGUAGUAGUUUAAGUGUUGGAUUACAACUCUGGGAGACCAGAGUUUAAUUCUCCCCUUAUUUCCCUUGGUAAUGGAAACCCACUGGGUGAACUUGGACAAGACACAUUCUCUCAGCCUCAGAGGAAGGCAAUGGCAAACCCCCUCUGAACAAAUCUUGGCAAGAAAACCCUAUGACAUUAACCUUGGGAUCACUGAAAGUCAGAAAUAACUUGAAGGCACACAGCAACAACAUCAUAUAUGCUAUCACGAGUCAAGCAGAAGGUUCAGCAGGAAUUCUAACAAAUGGGAGAGACUGUUUAUGGAUUUCCCACUAUAAUAUUUAGUUGAACCCUAGAUACUCUAGAAACCUUAGCAAGAGAUAAGGAAGGAUACAAAAUAAAUGCUAAAGGUUGAGUAAAAUUUCACUUUGUGUAUUUAAAUCAAAGAAAUCUAUGAAACAUGUGAAUUGGUACAGCAUUUGGUUGGCUUUGUUUUAGCUGCCCAGCAGGUUGGAAGCACAUGGAAGUAAUCUAAAAGAGAGUGAUUAUUUCAAGAGAGUGAUCAAGAAGUGUAAACAUAACUUCACAUUACAGGCAUAAUGACCACAGCCAGAUUUGAGGGGACAGAGCCAGAACUGGUCACAACUAAUUUAAUUCUGAUUGCUUUCAGUGGGUCUGCUCUAAGUCUGAAUCCAUUUAGAUUUAGCUAAAGAAAUGUAAACAAAAACAAAAACAAUGAACAUUCUCCACUCUUCUUAGCAUAACCUCACAGAAGUGCAAAACUAUGAAGGGAUAUAGGACCUUAAGCCAGGCUAAACUAUUUGCCCAUCAAGUUUAAUAUUAUCUGCUUUGACUGGCAGCAGCUUUCCAAGUUCUCAGGAUCUAGAUCUUUUGCAUCCUCAGCUAUCUCAUCUUUGUAGCUGGACACAGUAGAAAUUGAAUCUGAAUGAAAUAGCUCAGUUCUACUAAAGCCAGUUCUAAAUGUAUAGUAUAAUCAGUUAAUAUGGCAUCCUUUUCUACCCUCUCCCCAACAUGAAAGCAAAUUUUGAGAGUGCAGUUCUGUUAGGUUGUUAAAUUGUAAACAAAGAGACCUGUGAUCCUCUUAUAAAGGCUACCAAAUAUAUUGUGGCAUGAGCUGUUGCAGGCAAUUGUCUACUACUCCAUCAGGUGUAUCUACCAAGCUAAUAAAGGAAUAGAUUGUUUUUAAGAAAUAA